UUAGCCGUCGAAUUCCUUUCUCAAUCGUAUCUUUUAUUUUUCAACUUUAUAUUCCUAAAAAAAGAAAGAUAGAAAGGAAACAUUCGAUUCUAGUAGGGUUUCGGAAUCAGUUCCAUAGACAGAGAAGGGAAACGCCAUCAUAGGAGUGAGGAAUUCAUACCAAUCCCUUCCCAUUGCCAUUAAAGAAGAGAAAUUCUCCUCUUCUAUUACGAACAAUUUCAUAUUGUUAGGGUUUUAACUGUUGAUUUGAACUUCUUCGAGAAAGAGAGAUGGGAAGAGGAAAGUUUAAGGGUAAACCUACUGGAAGGAGACACUUCUCUACCCCGGAAGAGAUGCUUGCUGGCACCUCUUCUCGUCCUCGCACUUUCAGACAAGAGGAGGCUGAAGAGGUAGAAGAAGAAAUAGAAUCAGAAUCUGAAGAGGAGUCUGGAGAUGAAUCCGAGAAGCGGAAGGGCACUGAGGGAGUUAUCGAGAUUUCAAAUCCCAAUAUUGUAAAGAAGAAGAAUCUGAAAGCUAGAGAUGUUGAUCUCGAGAAAACGACUGAACUCUCAAGGCGUGAAAGGGAAGAGAUAGAAAAACAGAAAUCUCAUGAACGAUGGAUGAAGAUGCAGGAACAGGGGAAAACAGAGUCAGCGAAAAAAGACCUGGAGCGUUUGGAACUGAUACGACAACAAAGGGCAGAGGCUGCUAAGAAACGAGAAGAAGAGAAAGCUGCAAAAGAGUCGAAGAAGGUUGAAGCUGGCAAAUAAAAUCUUAUAUAUAGCGCUGCCACUAAAACUUUGUUGGGAGCAGCUGUCCUUCAUCCCUUCUCGUGGAAGCAAAAAUCAAAAAAAAAAAAAAAGAGAAAAUCCAUGACCCUCAGCAUAUUUUUAAGUUCUUUCUCAAAACUAGUUACACAAAUGUUCAGUUAUGUCCUAGUUAUGGUUGUGUUUGAUUUGAAAAAUCGAUCUUAUUACUUAAAAUAUUGGGCGUUGUUAUGGUGAUAAUUAAAAUUGUCAGACUUUUAUGACAGACGCGGGCGGGCUGUACCGAUUUUGUUUUUGAGGUAGGAUGAUAUGUGAUGA